AGUACAAGUUCAACGAGGCCUCGGCAAGCAAAAUCAUCCUCAUCAUAAUUUGGGGGAAUUUUAUACACAUACUUUCCAUCUACAAUUACCAAAUUGUUGUUUUUGGAUUGUAAUAUACUGCAAAAUUUGGGCGGGUUUGGAUCUUCAAUUGAGUUGGAGGUGAAGAUGAUGUCAAAUAACGGGUCCGGGUUAGGGUUUGAUGUAGAUUCGGGUUCUUCUGUUGCAACACCAAUCACCUCCUCUAAUAUUGGUUUUCAGCUAUUGAAAAAGCAUGGGUGGAAAGAAGGAACUGGACUUGGCGUUUCCGAACAGGGAAGAUUGGAACCUGUAGAGGCCCGUUUGAAGAACAACAAACGUGGGCUAGGAGCUGAGAAGCAAAAGAAAAUACCUCGGCCAGAAAAGCCUGACAAUCAAUAUCCUGAUAAUAAAACCAAAACUCCUUCUGAAAAGAAGAUUUCCAAAAAGAUGAGGAAGCUACAAGAGUUUGAAAAGAAGUUGCAAGAGAAAGAAUUCGAGCGGGCAUUCUUCAGAGAGUUCUGGCCAGAUAAUGUCUAGCGGAUGAAAAGCUAUCCUAAACAACAAUACAGCAUUACACUAUCCUCAGUCCUGAAAUACGUGAUAGCACAUGCAUUCAUAGCCUGCCAACAUUAUAUGGUUUUUCUGUGUGCUAUAUUGUACAUGUUACAAGGAGUUCAUGUUUUGAUGGUUGCGGCAGAGUUAAACCGUAUGUAGAUAUCGAAGGAAAGCAAAGUGGUUUGUGCUAAGUUGAAAGAGAACCAUUACUAAUAUUUUGUUCAGAGUAGAAAGAUGGAAGUACUGAAGGUCUAUGAAACGGAAGUUACUUGAUGACUGCAAAGGCGAGGAUACCUUUAUUUUUUCUAGUUAGGUACUUGCUUCUCUUAGCUAUUGAAACGUUUGGUGUGAACCUGAUGAUGUUGAAUUUUUAACUACAGAGGAUGUGUUGAAUUAUAGGGCAGGUUCAAGAAGAUAGCUCGAUUCUCAUACC